AUGGCCGUCCUCUCUCUCUUCCGACGCUACUCGCAGCAAGCUUUUAACCAGACCUCGCGCGCCGCCAUGUCAUCUCCGACGCUUACCCUGAACGAUGGUAACACGAUCCCCUGGCUAGGAUUCGGGACCGGGACUGCGCUGUAUGGGAAGGAUGCGGAGAACGCAGUUCGCACUGCCAUUGACAACGGUGUCAUUCAUCUCGACGGAGCUCAAGUAUACAGGAACGAGGAGUCUCUCGGCGCAGCGAUCGCCGCAUCGGGCAAGCCCCGCUCAUCGUUGUACAUCACCACUAAGCUCGAGAAAGUUCCCGCUGGGCAAACUGUCCACGAUACACUCGUAGUUUCCCUGAAAAAACUUCAAGUCGACUAUGUCGACCUCUUCCUUAUCCACUUCCCCAUCAACCAUGAGCAGCCGUUAAGCACCUUAUGGAAGCAAGUGGAGGAUGUGCAGAAGGAGGGGUUGGCGAGGAGCAUUGGUGUCUCGAACUUCCGGGUCAAAGAUUUUGAAGCGAUCUUGCCAGAAGCUACCGUUAUUCCCGCGGUGAACCAGAUCGAAUACCAUCCCUAUGUAUUCAAAGCCGACCAGCCAGUAAUUGAAUACAUGAAGGCGAAGAACAUCCUUCCUACUUCUUUUGGCGGCCUUUCUCCCAUUGUGCGCUUCAAGGGUGGCCCGGUAGACCCAGUGCUUACGUCCAUUGCGGAACGGUUGAGCAAGACAGUUGGCAAGACCGUCACUGAGGGCCAGGUGCUACAGCUUUGGCUGAAGACGAAAGGGAUUCCGGCAAUCACGACAACCUCUAAGGCCGAGCGCAUUCACGAAUACUUAGCAGUUCAGUCGCUACCUAAUCUUACGGCGGAGGAUGUGGCAGCAAUCGAAGAGGCCGGCUCGACAGUUCACCAUCGGCAAUUUGCGAAGUUCUUUGACGACUAA